AUGAUGUUUUCCGUCAGUGCAGUACCCACGAUACUAUACGGCAAUUCUAGUACAAUAUUCAAGGAACCUCAAGAUGAUCCCUCGUCUUACAGAACACGCUCUACCUCACCACCCUGCGAGAAAAUAAUUGAAGAGGCAGAGCGGACAAAUCGUCGCAAUGGACACGAAAAUUUCGGCUUCCUGUCUAAAGAGGCAGGAUUUUCGCCUCUACAAACAAUAAAGGCCCUCCCGCCUUCCCAUGCAGUAUGGGACCGACUUGCUGCCGACUUACCUCGCCUAGUCCAGACCCAGACUGUCCGAGAGACUGUCACCAACAUGCCACUGCUUGACGCAUCCGCUGAAGCUUUGCCCGACAUUUACCUCCAACGGGCCGCCACCAUCCUAGGUAUGACCGCCCAUGUGUUUGUUCGCAUGGAAGGAAGCGAGCCUCUCACAUUGAAAUAUGACAGUCAUGGUGAUAUACUGCCACCAUCGCUGGAGAGCCCGUGGACAGUAGUGUGCAGACGCCUUGGGCGACCAGCCACCGCUCUCACCUACGUGGAUGGGGUGGUAUGCAAUUUCAUAUCAACCAGCUUGUCACGCAGUGGGGUGACGCUCGAGAACUUGGAGUUGCUUGUUCCAACUGUGGGCACGAAAGAAGAGCACAGGUUCGUCGGCAUAAUGAUUGAAAUCAACGCCAAGACGAUACCAAUUCUCCAUCAUAUCAUAGAGGCGCAAAGAUCCAUCUUAGCGAAAGACUCUUCCUCGCUCAAAGACGCAAUACGAAGUCUCCAUGCACUCUUAAAACAAGUAACCGAGAUCCUCAAUAAGCUCCAUGCAAGCCGAGCACACAACACCCAUAUCGAUCCCGUCUUAUGGACCCUCACCGUAGGGAAUUUGGGGAUCCCUUGGGUGAAAGGCAUGGUUGGAGCGGCAGGAACAGCGCAUCCAUUGUUUCACAUGAUGGAUGAGUUUGCCGGACGAUUUGAAUAUAACACUGGUAUCGGCCAAGAAGCGCAAAUUGUUCGAGCUGCAUAUCCUAUCCAUUGGCGCCAGUUUCUCGAGGCCAUGACGGAAGUGUCUGCCACGGAAUACAUUGCUGCCUCAAAGGAUAGAGAAUUAAUGGAUCUCUGGCGAACCUUUAUAUCCUCAUAUCACGGCAACGACGGUUUACUGGGAUUCCACCGGCGAAAAGUAUUCGGCUUCCUUGCUGUCUCAUUCAGGAUUGGUCGAAGUACAACUAUCAACGGUCUAGGUCGCGAGCGCAGGACCGAGCCCUGGCACGAGGUUGAUCAAGAAUUGGAAAAGGCACGUCUCGAACGCAGAUGUCUCGACCUAGAUGAUCAUACUCCGGAUACCGAACCCAGCUCGAACAAAGUCUUUGUCUCGCAGCUCAUAAAACAUAACUCGGAAGAAACUGGUUAUUGGUUCUCGGCCGAGGGGGGUGUAUACGACGCAAGCGCAUUUAUGCAAAGGCAUCCAGGAGGGGAUACUGUGAUUGCGUUGUGCAGCGGGCAAGACGUUACCGACAGCUUGACGGCAGUCGGUCAUUUGACGAACUCUUUGAUCAGAAAUAAACUGGAAAGCUAUCGGAUAGGGACGCUGGAAAAGCCUAAAUUUGCCUCUUCGCAUGCAGAAGAGCUUUACAUGGCUGCCGUUGAUCUAGGUCAAAAGGCAGCCGAAAUGGAAAACGUGCACCGGCGAAAUUUCCAGUUGUUGAAUGGGAAACUUACCAUGCUGGACGAACCAGAGACUCUCACGCCUAAGAAGGAACGACAUCUGAUUGAUUCAAAAAAAAGGCUUCAGGAUGAGCAUGUGCCGGUAUUGGCGAUGCUUUUAGAUGCCCUACUCGAUAGUAUCGGGAAGUUGGAUAUGGAGUUUGAUCUGAGUGCCACUCGUGCGCAAAUGGCCGUCCUCGUUACGCCAGGAACAGGACUGGGCACUGUAACCCGUUUCUUGGACUAUGAAACGGCGCUAGACGGCCUGAAGAAAGACUCGAGUCGGUUGACUGAAGUGAAAGAACUUGUUGCGAUGGUGCUUGGAACCUUUGAAGACCCUGGAUUCACAUAUUCUGAGCAAAGUCAGCUUGAAUCCAUUGUGGACACAUUAAGUAGAGUAGCGAGUCCAUUGGUAGUCCUUGCUGGAAAAUGA